UUCUGUGACGUCAGAGCAGUCUGCUGCUAGCAGCAGGUCAAGAAAGAUGGCGUCGGAUGAGAGCAGGUUGAAGCAGCGGAAUCACAAAAACAGCAUCUUCUCAGAAGGUGGCCACGGGUUUAAAUCAGACACAUCCCCGAUGAGGGAGGAGCAAGACGACCUGCUGGAGGUGGAGGAGCUGGGUGUGGCCCGGCCGGUGCAGAUCGUGGUGGCGGAUGAGGAGGAGCACUCGUUCUCGCUGCAGGAGGAGGCACUGGAGCGGCUGCUGCUGCAGGAGGAGGUGCGCGACCUCAACGUGGUCGUCGUCUCCGUGGCCGGAGCUUUCCGCAAGGGCAAGUCCUUCCUGCUGGACUUCAUGCUGCGCUUCAUGUACAAACAGUCGGCUUCGUGGGUCGGCAGCGAGGAGGAGCCUCUGACUGGCUUCACCUGGCGAGGCGGCUGUGAGAGGGAGACCACGGGCAUCCUGGCCUGGAGCGAGGUGUUCGUGGUGGAGAAACCAGACGGCUGCAAGGUUGCAGUUCUACUAAUCGACACACAGGGAGCGUUUGACAGCCAGUCGACCAUCAAAGACUGCGCCACACUGUUCGCCCUGAGCACCAUGACCAGCUCUGUCCAGGUGUACAACUUGUCCCAGAAUGUCCAGGAAGACGACCUGCAGCACCUCCAGCUCUUCACGGAGUACGGGCGACUGGCCAUGGAGGAAGUCUAUGAGAAACCCUUUCAGAGUCUGAUGUUCUUGAUCAGAGACUGGAGUUACCCCUACGAGCAUCCGUACGGCCUGGAGGGAGGACACAGCUUCCUGGAGAAGCGUCUGCAGGUGAAGCAGAACCAACACGAGGAGCUGCAGAACGUGAGGAAACACAUCCACUCCUGCUUCUCCAACAUCGGCUGCUUCCUGCUGCCUCACCCGGGCCUCAAGGUGGCCACCAACCCGCACUUUGACGGACGUCUCCGAGAUAUCGAUGAGGAGUUUAAGAAGGAGCUGGUGAACCUCGUCCCGACGCUGCUCUCUCCAGAGAACCUGGUGGAAAAAGAGAUCGGAGGCGUGAAGAUCACCUGCAGAGAGCUGCUGCACUACUUCAAGGCGUACAUGAAGAUCUACCAGGGAGAGGAGCUUCCUCACCCCAAGUCCAUGCUGCAGGCAACAGCUGAAGCUAAUAACCUUGCAGCUGUAGCAGGAGCCAAAGACUUGUACAACAAAAGCAUGGAGCAGGUCUGCGGCGGAGACAAACCCUACAUGUCCCCGGUGGAGCUGGAGCGCCGGCACUUGGAGCUGCGGCAGGCGUCGGUGAAACACUUCCGCUCCGUUAAAAAGAUGGGCGGCGAGGAUUUCUGCCGGCGCUACCAGGAGCAGCUGGAGGCUGAGCUCGACGAGAAGUACGUCAACUUCAGCAAGCACAACGACGGGAAGAACAUCUUCUUCGCCGCUCGGACGCCCGCCACGCUGUUCGCCGUCAUGUUCGUCAUGUACGUGGUGUCUAUGGUCACGGGCUUUGUGGGCAUCAACUCUGUGGCCGCGCUGUGUAACCUGGUGAUGGGCGUGGCUCUGACGGCGCUGUGCAUCUGGGCUUACGUCAAAUACUCUGGGGAGUUCCGCGAGGUCGGAGGGAUUAUAGACCGGGUGGCUGAAACCCUCUGGGAACAGAGGACUCCACGAAAGGUUUUCUCCAAACUCUUCGAAGUGGCUCGGAGUCGAGUCCCGUUAGGAAGCCUGAUCCCCGCGCCGCGGCCCCGGCUCGCCUCGAACAACAACGUGAAGAAGAAAAACUAGCAGCCCGCCAUCUUGUUCCCGCCAUGUUUAUUCUCCCUCUUCCUCACUCUUUGCUCGGUUUUGAAACCACGUUUUCUUUAGUACAGUUUGAGACGUGUAAAUGAGUUUUCGUUCUCGGACUGUAGAUAAAGGUUCCUCGCCGAGCUGGCUGUAGGUUUUAAGGACUCGCUGUAGACCCGGAUGAAGCAGUGUGAUGUAUUUUAUUAUUUGUCAGUGGGCGGGGUUACGGUAUUUAUUGUUGGGAAGGGCCAUUAUUCUCCAGAGUGUCUCAACAUUUAUGAUUCCCAUUUAUGUGACUGUAUGAAUGAAGCGCAUGACCACAGACCCUCCUCAUGGUUCCCCUCCUCUCCUCCUUCCUGUCGUCUCCGUCAGGUUGGUUUCUGUCGCUGGUCGGCGUCACGAGGAGGAGUCACGACCAAAAGUUUACAGCUUUACUCGUAGAGGCUCUCAGACCGAGCGGACUGACUCGAUGUUUUUAGGACGGUUCGGUUUCGGGGGAAAUUUUUACAGUUUUUCCGACUUACACAAACUCAUGGGUGUGCUUCUGCUGAAGGUGUUGGACAUGAACUCAGAGGUCACGUCCAGCUGCGAGGACGUCUUAACGCUGCAAACUUUUAUGUCCGAUUAGAGGAACAACAAAUAAACACUUGAGCGAGGAGAUUUAGUUCUCCACCACAUAUCUGUGGUAAAUAUUCAGUCGGCACUUCCUGGAGCUUUCGACCGUCGAGUCUUUCUCAGUGACGUGAACCUCCAGUACGGCCAUGUAAUCGAAAGCUCAUAGUAAAAGUUAUCUUCGUGGUUCAUGAGUGUUUUCAAACCAGUUUCUGCUGCUGUGGGACAGGAAGUGGGACAGGAAGUGGCUCCACGGGAGCUGAACGGUGUUGGCUCCUGCAGACGGUCACUAAACAUCCAUGAGUUUGUCUGAAAGUAAAACUGUAAGUAAAAUAAACUAAAUGUCCCCCAAAAACCUUCUGACGCAAAACAAGAGCCAGCUAAAUGUUGACUUGAUUACUUUAUCUUGAUUGCUCGUUAUUUUCAGAUUAACAAAGACGUGAUCAUGACUUUCAGUAUUAAACCGAUCGUGUUUUUAGUUCCUUUGUUAAAGGUCAUAGUUCAGGGAGGUGCUCGGAUGGAUCUCAUGUCUGGAGUCAGGAGCGAUUAGGAACUAUCUCCUGACGACGACAGGUAAUCCUUCCACCACGGCUCCAUUUACUUAACGUACAAACAUGGGAUUAAUAUUAAUCUCUAAUACUAUGAACCAUUCCUUGAAUCUUGAAUGAUCUCUGGAUUAUUAUUUUGGGAUAUCAGGUUUUUAAGUCUUUCACCUGGUAGUUCACGAUGAUGAUCCUCAGUCCUCUUGAUCUGACUGCCAGUUCCACAGAAUAAAGCUUUUUUUUAAAUGUGUUCCUCCAGUUCAGCAGAGACCUUGUAGAUAAUAUUUAAUUCUGUUAUUUAACUCUCGUUAUUCCUCCUCGUCAUCUUCAUAUCUGAAGGACUGAAUCACCUCGUCUUGUGUUAAAGCACCAGAAGUUAAAACUCUAAAUCAUUUCAUCCCCCACAUGUAACAUGAGCACUUUGUUCGGCGUCAGUGUUUCCGAUUUUUAAAGCCAAACUCCCGUGCAUCGGAUGACUGAAGGUUCGACCUCAUCACGUUUAUUUUAAUCAUCAUUCCAUCCACAUCAUCACCACUGUGUGCUUUUUGUUUGUUUUUGUACAGUUGAGUUUUUUACAGCCUCAUCCACACAUAGGGCAUGUGUAUGAAUAUAUACAUAUAUAAAUAUAAAUUUUCUAGACCUUUUUGUAGCUGUAAGAACAACGGUUUGGGUGGUAGACCAGAUUCAGCUCACUGGAUGUAAAGGAAUGCUUUCGUGAUUUGUGGAUAUGUCUAAUAAAUUCCUUUUUUAUAUAUAUAUUUGUAAAUUUAAUCUUACACGAGCACUGAGAUUCCACCCCCUGCUGGCAAAGAAUGUUUAUAAUCUGGAUUUUCUUCUUUUCUUUACUUUUCUUUUGUCUUCUGUUGCAUUUUAAAGUUAUUUUCGUUAAUUUAUUUUUCAAUACAAUAUUAAACCAAACUCCUACAACACA